GCCCAUUUUACGCUCACUUCAGGCUUCUCGUUCGGACGCUUCCAGUUCCGCUUCGCCUUGCCUUCUGCGCCGCCGCGCCGGACCAACCUCGCUCCGUCGUCCAAACCAGAUGCCCCCGCGCUUAACCCUCCUCCGCCGCCUCUCCACCCACGGCGACCCCAACCUCGCCACCCUCCUCGCCGUCCUCCGCUCGCCGGAGGCCUCGUCCACGCCGCUCCCGCGCGCCCUCUCCCGCGCCUUCCCGUCCCCGUCGGACGCGUUCCCCCUCCACACGCUCCCCGACCUCCUCCCGCGCCUCCCCUCCCCGCUCCUCUCCCUCCGGUUCCUCCUCUGGCGCCUGCCCCCCUCCCCGCCGCUCCCCUCCCCGCACACCCUCUCCUCGCUCGCCGCCUCGCUCCCGGACCUCCCCUCCGCCGUGCCCCUCCUCCUCUCCUCCUCCCCGCACCCGCUGCCCCUCCCGCACUACGCCCUCCUCCUCGGCAUCUCCACUCAUGCCGGCCUUUUCCCCGUCUCACUCGCCGUCCUCCGCCACAUGCGAUCCUCCGGCCUCGCGCCCGACGUGGCCUGCUUCCACUCCGCCCUCCGCGCCGCACGCUGGCAUGCUGAUGUCUCCGCCGUUCUGGACAUCAUGUCCAGGUCCGGCGUCAACCCGACUGUCCCCCUGAUCGUGACCGCGGUGCAUAGGCUGGCGUACAGGGGCGACUUCGAAGGCGCCCGCUGUCUGAUCGACAAAAUGCCUGAGUUUGGAUGCGCGGCCAAUGUGGUAGUUUACACCGCGAUGCUCGAUGGGAUGCUCGCUUUCGGUCAUGUGGAUGCCGCAGUGGUGCUGCUGGAGGAGAUGGAGGGUGGCAGGCUUGGUGCCGGGUGUGUGCCCAACGUGGUGUCGUACACGUGUUUGGCGAAAUGCCUGUGCCGAAAAGGGAGAAUGGUGGAAGCUCUGAGUUUGCUGGAUAGGAUGAUAGCUAGAGGGGUGAUGCCGAAUCGCAUUUUUGUGCGGACGCUGAUCGAUGGGUUUUGCGCGGCCAGGGGGGCUGGCUUGCUUUCGAAGGCAUAUGAUGUGGUGGAGCGAUUGGUCGUUGACGGAACUUUGUCAAGCGGGCAGUGCUAUAAUGUUCUUCUGGUAGGCUUGUCUGUGGCUGGGAUGACAAGGGAAGCUGAAGGCCUCGCGCAGAGGAUGAUGAAGACAGGGGUGCAACUGAGCCCGCUCGCAGGAAGUGCAAUGGCGAGGGAGCUGUGUCAGAGGAAAAUGUGGUUGCAUGCUUGCUGUUGGUUGAGACUGAUGGAUGAGAAUGGGGUGCUCUGUGAUUCUGAUGUCUAUGCUGGCGUGUUGCUGGGGCUGUGUCAAGAGGGGCAUGUCCUUGAGGCCUCGGCGUUGGUGAGGAAGGUCAUGGAUAGGGGAAUACGGAUUGAUGCUUCUUGCGCUGAUUGUUUGGUGCAGCUACUGAAGCAACAUGGUGAUGAGGAGCUAGCAUCACAUGUAUUACAGUAUUAGGAUUGAGGAGAUCCUCUGAAGUGAUGUCACUUUGAGCAUUGUGUGGCUCUGUGCUCAAUUCUUGUAGAAGAUGGUUUGAAGAACAAGAACAGUGCAGGGAAAAAAUACAUUCAUUGGAGGACCUGUUAUUUUAACAUUCUUCAUGGGCAAUUGGGCAUGUGACGAAGCUGCAGAUGGAGGCAGUGUUUAUGGGGAUUGGACUAAUGGACACGCUUCUUGCCGCAUAGAUGCUUAAACGGGGCUCUAGGAAUAUAAAGUUACCGGGUGUUGCGUGCAUCACCCUGGUCACCUGCAUCGAAGAGAACCAAGCAUACAAUUGGACAAUAUACUGUUAUAGUCUUAUGCUAUCUCGUAUCCUGCAAAUACCUUUCAAAGUAGAAAUCAUUACUUCAAACUGGAGUAAGGUUGUUGCUACGGACUAGCUGGUUCGUGAGGUUCUCAGCCCAGCAUUGCUCUCAGUUCUGGACCAUAAACACCUCCGCCUCCUGGCCUCAACCGUGCUGGCAGCCCCUGCUUGCCUAUCUAGCGACGGGUCCUGCCAUUUGUUUUGGUACUAGAGAGUCUCCAGUGGCCGGUCAACUUUGCUUCACAGUAACCUUCAGCAGUUCAGCUGAUUCCCGGUAACACAACACAUCAGUCAUUUAGCAUAUCUUUUGCAUGCACCGUUGGUUUGCACGGUGGUGUAGACAUACAAAGAGGCAAGGAAUCAGGUCCCACGAAAUUUUGGCAUUGCACUGUCAACCUCAGGGACAACUGCCAGUAGGCUGCCUUUGCAUCUUGGUUUGCUAUUGAGGAACAUCUAAUGUCAGAUGUCGUUGUAUUGCUCUAAUAUAUUUCUUCAACUAGGCUCCCGGUCCGGAUGGAUUCCCGGCCGAGUUUUAUAAAAAGUGCUGGCACAUUAUUAA